GAAAUCUGAACCUUACUCUACUUCCUUUCAGUGUGUAAUACACCAAAUAAUGUGGAUAUCGUCAACAGUUAUCAUUUAUUUACCUUUUAUCAUUCAGGACAUUGAAACUAAAAAAUACCUAAUACAAACAUCUGGAAAGCCAGUUUCUUUAGCUUCAGGAACAGAUUCAUUGAAGGCUGUAACACUUAAUAUAGGGAGUGAUUACUCAGAUAACCCAGUGACAUCAGCAGAACAUGAAAAAGGAAAUCCUGUUUUUUCUCCCUCUGCUGAUUUGUCAGGAACAAUGAACUUCUCUAAGCCAGACUGGAUCUUUGAACUGAGUACUGGAGUAACAAUUAAGAGAAUAGUAGAUGGAAAUGAGUUUGUUAUUACUGGUGAUGGUAUUACUGCAACAAUCAAUGGAUUUCCCAUCACAGAAGCAGAAUAUAGCAAGGUUCUGGAAGGAGAGAAGAUUACUAUUACAGCAGAUGGAAAAGAGGUUGUGCUUGAAGCCAAGGACAAAAAAGUCAUGUUUGAUGGAAAACCAUUUUCAGACGGGGAAAAUAUUUCAACGGAAUCUAACACAGUAAGAAAAAUCUACAGCAAAGAGUCCUUGUCUCUACAAAUACCAGUUGAGUUUAGUUCUCCAUUUUGGAUUUUAUCUCUGCCGAAAGGGAUGUCAAUUCUCCGUAAUGUGGAUGGAUAUGAGUUCAAUAUAUCCGGAGAUGGUAACACAGCCAUAAUCAAUGGAUAUUCUGUAACUCCGCAAGAUUGGAAAUCUGCUCUUAAAGGAGAAAAUGUCACUUUAAAAGGAAAUAAUGAAACAAAAGGUUUUCUGACAGGUUCAGAAGGAAAUGUCACAUUGAAUGGUAAAUCUUUGAUUUACGGUAAUCGUAUUCAACAAAAAGUUUCUCAAAUCAUUUACAACCUUGGUCCAACAAAAGAAGCUGAAAAUAACAGCAAUGUAGAUUAUAAGGAAACUAAUGAUCUGAUAAGUAACUUAAAAGAUGGGGAAACAGUUGUUCAACAUGAAUUACAUGAUGUGGAAAUACCAAACUCAGAUUUUGAGACAGACAUUUUUACUACUGGAGUUGAAGUAGGAGCUGACGAAGAAGUUGUUGAAUAUGAAAUAGAAGAUGUUGAAGUACCUAAAUCAGUGGAUGGAAAUUAUUCUUCAAAUAUGGAAAAUAAUAGUACAUAUGGUUUUGAGACAAAACUUACAACUGUUGUAACUGAAGCUUACUCUAUGUCUGAAACACCACCUACAACCACUUCAUACCCAAGUACAAGCAUUGCCUUGAUAAAGGACAAAAAUUGCACUGAAGAGGAACCUGAAGUAUUGCCUGUACCCCCUGUACCUGGAAAUUCUGAUUGCAGAUUACCCUUGCAGUGUGGUGGAAGGGAAAUUUGCACCAAGGAAAACAAGUGUGAAUCUUUGGUCACUUGUCAGAAAGAUGAGGAAUGUAGCACAAAGACUAAGUUUCCAGUCAGUUGUGAAUAUGUAACUGGUGAUGUGCAAGUGUGUAUGCACAAGGAUUGUGAAGGUGAUGAUGCGAAGUGCAAACAAGUUGGACCAGAGUAUAGAUGCUUUGAGAGUCAAUGCAAACCAACUUAUGGAGAUUGUGAGAGUUCUUGUGAUUGUGUGGAAAAGUACAAUAUGAGGAAAGGAGAGGGAAAAUGUUUCAACAAGCAAUGCCUUUGCAGAACCGACUGGAUUGAAAAAUGUGAUUCUGGACCUAAGGAAACUCCAUCUCUAACUACAAGUACACCAAUGCCACUUAAAGGAGAAAAUUCACCUGCUCCAGCUCCUUACAGUACAACAUCUGAUACUAAUGCCUCUACUCCUUAUACUACAUCACCUACUCCAGUUGUAAAGGAUAGUUGUAUACUUCCUCCCACUAGGGAUUAUGGAAAACUUGGUGAUCCUUGCAGCAUUCAAAGUUCCUGUGUUCCAUUUAAUGAUUUGGUGUGUGUAAAGAAUAAUGGAUCAGCUAUGGGUUCUUGCCAAAAGAUCGAAUGUAAAACUGAUGAAGAAUGCUCUCAUAGCUCUUUUCCAAUGGAAUGUGGAGGUGGUAUAUGCAGAUCAAAAGACUGUUCUGAAACAUUUUGUCCUGAUGGAUAUGGUUGCUAUAGUGAUGGACAGUGUAAAAGGAUUAUGGGAAACUGUAAAUUUGUCUGUGACUGUGGAGAUUGUGGGGAGAUGGACUGCUUCAAAAACCAAUGUUUCUGUGAUAAUAACUUUGAUGACUGUGGAUCACCCACAGGAUAUGUGAGUAAAACUGAUCCAACCCUUGCUGGAGGAAUAUCUUAUUCUAAACAGCCAAGUGAUGAAUGCACAGAACCUGAAUGCUCCAGUGAUUGGAUGAAAACAAGUGCUGGAUGCUAUAAACUAUUACCAGAGCAGUCAACCUUUGAUGAAGCUGUUGCCAAAUGCAAAGAAGAGAAAGGAUUUCUUGCUAAAGUUGAUUCCAAGAAAAAGAUGGAAGAACUUCUGAAAUCCGUUCUGAAGGAUGGAACUAUUUCUGCAUGGAUUGGAGCAAAAAAAGAAGGUGAUACGAUUAAAUGGAUUUCUGAUAAUUCUGUAAUAGGAUAUUCUCCCAGUGCUUAUGCUAGGAUUGAAACUGACCCUGCUAAGGCAUGUGUUCGAACCAUUAGUUUAAAUUGGCAAAAUUCUGCUUGCACAGAAAAACUUUCUCCACUCUGUGAAAUGGCUACUGGAAAACAAGGAUAUUAAUUCUCUUUAUUUUGCAUGAAAUAAAUUUUUAACAAAUA